AUGUUCAGCUGGGUUGUGUUGUCGCUUUGGGCAAUCACCGCGAAAGCAGUGAGCCCAGAAUCCCUGAACUCCGAUAUUUCCAUUCUCAUUCACAAUGAUCUACUAGAAACCGAAAGUCCACUAGCUAGCUCGGGAGUUCUAAUCCUCGACGCGAGGCCAUGGAACGAAGCCACCGAAAGCUGUCAAAAGCUCGGAGAGAGUCUCUGGGGAGCAUACUCCGACUUCAAUGGUAUCCAGUCCAACUUGGAUUACCUUGUCUUCCAAGGCAAAUAUGCACGCAGUCAACGUUUCUGGACCUCAACCCGAAAAGCAUCAACCAUCGAUGCCAACGGCCAUAUCAAUACCGCUUCUGCAAAUACCAGACUCCCCGUUCUCUGUACACAGAGCGCUCCACAUUCAAACAAGACUUUUCAAAACACAAAUUCACAAUGGCAGGUGUCAGUUCACUCCAACAACGAACAUCUCACCGGAUUCCGAGACCGAUUCAGUUUCCGCUUCCAAGGAAUUCGAUACGCCAAAGUGCCUCCCCGAUGGGAAUAUGCACAGUCAUACAAAGGGAGCGGUAAAAAGACUUCAGCCCUCAAUUAUAGCCCCGAAUGUGCCCAAGGAUCCACCGGCUCGGAAGACUGUCUGUUCCUCAAUAUAUGGACACCAUACCUGCCCAACCCAUCAAAAAUCAAAAAGAAGAACCUCAAACCGGUGAUGCUCUGGAUCCACGGCGGAGCAUUCACAAGCGGCACAGGUAGCGACUCAACAUUCGACGGCACGAACCUCGCUUCUCGGGGCGAUGUAGUCGUCGUAACGAUCAACUACCGCCUCGGAACACUUGGCUUCCUCGCCCUAGACAACGGAAAAACAAAUGGGAACUACGGUCUAGCAGACCAAACCACAGCAUUGGAGUGGGUUCGUCGCAAUAUCCAUGAUUUCGGGGGCGAUCCAGACAGAGUGACAAUAUUCGGGCAGUCGGCCGGGGCAGGAUCAGUUCGGGCUCUACUUGAUUCACCCAAAGCCCGCGGAAACUUUGCAGCUGCGAUAAUGCAGAGUAAUCUUGGUGGCUUGGCUUAUGGAACCACCUACUCGAAGUACUAUACCAUCGCACAGGAGAUGGAAGUUGUCGGGCAUGCAAUUCUCACCGAGACGAAUUGCACGGAUGCUGCAUCACGGCUUGAAUGUCUACGAGCACUGCCAGCAUCGACGAUUACGACUCUUUCUAACUCGGCACGAUAUCUAGUUGUUGAUGGCGUCUACCUCAACCGCCCAGAGCUGGAUCUAAUCAAUCCUUCAUCCACAGCGAAUAUCCCUCUAAUGAUCGGAACGAUGAGAGAUGAUGGUGCCGCCAUGAUAGGCUAUCCAACAGCCGGAGAGACAAUCCAGACGUUCCUGAAUAAAUCAGGAGUACCCGAGUCCAUCGCUCCGAGUCACUUAUUCCCCGUUCCUUCAACGGCUAAUGCUACACUUGAUAUCUUCAACACCACAGCCCGGAUAGCGACAGACGCUAUCUUCCGCUGUGUCGAUGAAGCAACUGCAUACGCCGGUAUGACGAAUCAUAUUUUCCCGGAUAUCUUCUAUUACGAGUUCAACCGCUCGUACCAAAUGCCCGACUGGUCGCCUAAUGCCCCGGUGUGCGACGCACCUACCACAAACGGAUUCCCAGAUGGCGAUCCAAGUCAGGAGUAUUUCAAAUGUCAUUCUGGGGAGUUGUAUUAUGUCUUUGGGACAAUUCUUCGUCAGGGAUUGCCGCUUCGCGACGAGUUCGAUUUACCCUUUGGGCAAUACGUGUUGGAUUCGUGGGCGAGUUUUGCGCGGUCUUAUAAUCCUACUCCUGACCUUGGGUUUUUGAAGGCGAGGGGCUAUGCUAAUACAACUCGACUGGCUGUUGAGGCUGGGUCUUGGGCGUCGUAUCGUGAGAAGGGUCAGUUUCGGUUGUUGCAGUGGCCCCCGAGCAUGAGGGACCUGGUUGAGCUUGAGCAGUGUCGUGCGUUGGGGUUACCUUUGGAGUACCUGGUUUAG